AUGAAGGUUUCCGCUCUCUUCCUCGUUCUCGCCGCCGUCGCCACUGCCGCCCCGGCCGUCCAGCCCGAGCCCGCUGCUCGUGGCCUCCUCGACCCCGUCACCGGCGCUGUCGGCUCUGCCACUGGUGCCGUCAACGGCGCUGCUGGUGGCCUCGGUGCCCUCGGCGGCCUCCUCGACCCCGUCACUGGUGCCCUCGCCGGCAUCACCGGCCCCAUCUCCGACCUCCUCCACAACCUCAUCGCCGGUGUCGACCAGAAGGUUCUCCCCAUCCUCGCCGGUCAGGAUGAUAGCGUUGUCCACCAGACCAUUGAGACCAUCAACCGUGUCCUCGCCGGCCUUCCCCUCGGCCCCACUGGUCUCCCCGACACCAACGGCCUCACCGCUUCCCUUGAGCAAGCUCUCAAUGGCGUUCUCGCCAACCAGGGUGUUGUCUCUCAGGUGCUGCAGGCGGUUGAGGGCGCCCUCGCCGGCGGCCUGCCCGUCAAGCGCGCCCUGCCUCUGCCCAUCGACAUCAACUCGCUCAACCUUGCUGGUCUUGGGCCUCUCUCGGGUCUUCUGAACGAAUUGCUGCAGCUCCUGAAUGGUCUCAUCAGCGGGCUCACCGGCGGCAAGGCUCUCGGCGCGGCGGACCUGAAGCAGCUCACCGACAAGAUCAACGCCGUCACCGGAGCCGUCGGUCAGGGUAAGGCUGCCGGUAUCGACACUUCUGCGCUUUCAGGCCUUCUCGGCCCCCUCCUGACCACCGUGGACACGCUCUUGAGCGCCGUGACCGGUGCCGCCGGUGGCGCUGACAAGGCUGUUGCUGAUGCCCAGCAGGCCGUCGUUGGUGCGACUGGGGGGCUGCUCACUGGCCUCAGCGCUGUCAAGGGCCUCGAGGGCACCAUUCGAGGCCUCCUUGCCUCUCUCCACCUGGAUGGUCCUUUGGGAGGUCUUGUCUCUACUCUCCUUGCCGUCAUUGACAACCUGCUCGGUGGCCUUGGCCUCGGGGGCCUCCUGUCCGGCGUUGGUCUCUAA